AUGCGUGUUUUAGGAGAUCGGCAUUCCGCGGGCGGGUUAUCCUCGCUUCGUGGUAGCGUUUCUAGGAAUAACCCAUGUCCCGAGAUGCAUUUUAGGAUCUCGCUCUGCCUUCGGGGUGGCGUGUUAGGAGCGAGUCCCUGCCCCUCAGGGCAUUCCGCGGGCGGAUUAUCCUCGCUUCGUGGUAGCGUUUCUAGGAAUAACCCAUGUCCCGGGAUGCAUUUUAGUAUCUCGCUCUGCCUUCGGGGUGGCGUGUUAGGAGCGAGUCCCUGCCCCUCAGGGCAUUCCGCGGACGGGUUAUCCUCGCUUCGUGGUAGCAUUUCUAGGAAUAAUCCAUGUCCCGGGAUGCGUUUUAGGAUCUCGCUCUGCCUCGGGGGUGGCGUGUUAGGAGCGAGUCCGUCCCUCAGGGCAUUCCGCGGGCGGGUUAUCCUUGCUUCGUGGUAG